AAAAUCGCUUAAAAAAAAAAAUAAAAGAUAACGAUUGCGGAGAGAACGGAUGUGAGAACAAAAAAAAAAAAGAAAGAAAAAAAAUUUCAUUUAAAAUUAAUUUCCUUUGUAAUUUAAAUAAAAAAAAAGAAGUAAAAACAAAGGAAAAAUUAUAUAAAAUCAUAUAAAAUUGCUUUACUAAAGUAAAUAAAAGGAAUAACGAGAAUUUUUUGUUGGUAUAAAUUAAAUAUUUUUUUCGUCUGGGGUUUUCCUCUGCGAUUGUUUUUUUGUUGUUGUUCUGUGCUGGUGCUGCUGCUGCUCCCCGAAACGAACGCACACACCAAAAAACCAGCCAAAAAAAAAAACCUCCUUCAAUCAAUUUAGGUCGCCUCGUGGCGUCGGGCAAAUGGAAUAAAUGUACCAAUUUUUUAAAAAAGAAAUAUUUAUAAAUUCUUAUCGUUGGAAAUUUUAAACAAAAUAUAAUAAUUUACACGCAUAAUCUCGCUUGAAUAUUAUUAUUUUUUUUAUAGUGACAACGGACAUCUCGAUUUUUUUUUUUUUUGUCUAUAUUUUGUUAAGAUUUUUCUUCAUUAAUAAAACCUACCGCGGCUAACCGACGGGAAAGGAAAUUGUAGCAACCAACCAAACAAGAAUUCACAAAUAACGCAGAAAAAGACACAGUAACAAGAAAUAUUCAAGUAAAUAGAAGAGGAAUAGAUUCUCGUCGUUUCCAAGAGAACUCCCAAUAUUUUAAGUUAGUAGAAGAAGAAGCAGAAGCUCCAAAGGGAAAACUGUUUUUUUUGUUGUUGCAUCGUUUUGUCGUCAUCGUCGUCGUUUUUUGUAUAAAUCGUUAGAUAAUAAAUAAGUAAAAAAGAAGGAAGGGAAAAGAAGAAGUGCAAUAAAAUUUAAAUAAUUCAGUUGUUUAUGUGUGUUGUUGUUUUUCAUUGGCAAAAUCAAUGCAAGGAAUGCAUCUGAAUAUGAUUGUUUUUAAUUCAGCAAGGGAUAACAAUUUGGCACUGUUGAAGAGUUGUUUUGAAGGACGUUCCUCGGACGAGAUUGCAACAUUAGUUUCAGCAAAAAUGGGUGGCGCAACUCCUUUAGUUAUAGCAUGUCGUCACGGGCAUUACGAUAUUGUAGAAUAUUUAUUAACCAAAUGCCAUGCGGAUGUUGAACAAGUCGGUUCAGUUACCUUUGAUGGUGAAACGAUAGAGGAUGCUCCACCGUUAUGGUGUGCGGCGGCAGCCGGUCAUAUAGGAAUAGUUAAGUUAUUAGUAAGACGUAGUGCUAAUGUGAACAGUACGACCAGAACAAAUUCCACACCUCUGAGAGCGGCCUGUUUUGAUGGCCACUUUGAUAUUGUUAAGUAUCUAGUGAAUAAUGGUGCAGAUUUUGAAGUGGCGAACAGACACGGUCACACAUGCCUAAUGAUAGCCUGCUAUAAAGGUCAUUUCAAAAUUGCCCAAUACCUUUUGUCAUUAAAUGCCGAUGUGAAUCGAUGCAGUGUCAAAGGUAACACUGCCCUACAUGACUGCGCCGAAUCCGGUUCAUUGGAAAUUCUGCAACUUUUGUUAAAACAUGGCGCCACCAUGGAUGUAGACUUUUAUGGAAUGACACCUUUGUUAGCAGCCAGUGUAACGGGUCACCUGCCCAUUGUUGAACAUCUAAUUAGUUUGCCCACUGUUAAGCGUGAGGAUCGCAUUAAUGCUCUCGAAUUGUUAGGGGCGACCUAUGUAGAUAAGAAACGUGAUAUGUCGAGUGCGUUGUCGCUGUGGCGUCGUGCUAUGGAGGAUCGAAAUAUAGAACCGAAAAUACCAAAGAUGGUCAGUGAACCGAUAGCUGCCUAUGAAUAUGCCACCGAAGUAACAAAUAUUGACGCACUGGAUGAAUUAGUUAUGGAUCCAGAUGAGAUGAGAAUGCAAGCAUUAGUGAUUCGACAGCGAAUACUCGGACCAACGCAUCCAGAUACUAGUUAUUACAUUAGAUUUAGAGGAGCACACUACGCUGACGCAGGCCGAUUUGAUCGAUGCAUCGAACUUUGGACGUAUGCUCUUACAAUGCAACAGAAAAUCUUGCAACCGCUGAGUCCUAUGACACAAUCAUCAUUGCUCUCGUUUGCUGAGUUAUUUAGUUUUAUGUUAGUCGAAGCCGGACGUCCGUUGCCACGCGGGCGUGUGGUGCCACCAAUCGAAGCUCACGAUAUGCUGAUGAUAUUCAAUAAGGCUGUAUUAGAAGUAGAACGAGGUAAUUAUGAUAUUUUCAUAACAUGUUUUUUCCUUUCAAUUAGAAUUUAUUUUAAAUUGUUUUCUUUUUUCGCAUUUACAGGACAACUAAUGUACCAUGAACAAGUUAAACAAUCAUCAACAAUGCCAUCAUUGGAAAGCGAUCCGAAUGCCUUGAGUCGUGCACUUGUCAGUGCACUUCACAUUGGAUGCCUGUUGGCACGUCUAGUCGACGAUGAGAAAUUUAGUCCGAAAAUGAAGCGAGAAAUUCUCACCGCUCUGUAUAAGUUAAAUAGUCUGAAGGUUGUGGUGCGUUCGGGGAGGACGGCUCUACAUUAUGCCUGUUAUCGGGAAGGUACACUUGUUGGAAGAUAUCCAGCUUGUCAAUUUCCAUCGCCUGCUUUAGCGAAAGCAUUACUCAAAGUCGGAGCAGAUCCGAAUGCAAAAGAUGUUGCGGGCAAUACACCAUUGCAUUUGGCUGCAACAGCACAACCAUGCCCGCGUGUUUUGGCUCAGACAUUAUUAGACCAUGGUGCACAUUUGGACACCAAAAACGCCCACGGAGAGACAUUUGAAUCCCUGCUGGAAAACCAGAAAAUUCAUCAAAUCGUCAAUCCCGUCAAGUAUACAACACUCAAAUGUCUUGCAGCCAAAACAAUACAAAAACAUCGAAUAAAAUAUGAUAAACAAGUUCCCGAAUCCUUAAAUAAAUUCAUAGAAUCGCAUUAAGUUAAGAACCUAGAGAGAAGAAGAAUUUAUAUUAAAAAAACAAACAAAAAAACAAUAUGAACAAUCAGUUAUUUUUUGACCGAGUUCUAGUAUUUUUUGAACGGCAGCAGCGAGCGACGUCGGCAUUAUGGAAGUGAAGCGUGAUUUGUGAUUUGUCUCAAUAAUUUCAUAUUGCAAAGAAAACAACAAAACUCCUUAAAGAACUUGAAAAAAAGAACCUAUUUCUGUCCUAACUCUGUUUAACGGUGUUAAAACAGAAAGGAAGAGAAUUAUUUAUUGAACAAAGUAUAGUUUUUUUUUUUGGAAAAACAAAUGAAAGAGAUACAAACCCUACCAAUAAUGUUUUUUUUGUUCUUUUUUUUUUGCUCUCCAAUAUACAUUUUGUAUUUUUUUCAAACAAUUUUUUUUAAGGUCCUUGUUAUUAAACAAGACUUGUAUUUAGUUUUUUUUUUUAAUUUUGUUUAAAUAGAUAUUUUUUUUUGCAACUAAUUUCUUGUCUUAUUUUUUAGUCAAAAAUUAAAUUCAUUAUUUUUUGUUUAUUUAUUUUAUUUGUAUUUUUUUCUUAAGUUUUAAGCUGGAUUUUUUUCUUAUGCUUGAGAGAGUACAAUAAUUUGAAAAGUUCGUUCAAAAAUUGAAGUCAAAGACAAUUUUGUCGUUCUAAUAAUUUGGUAAAUUCAAAAGUUUUUAUUCUAAAUAAUAGGAAGCAUGUAAUUUAUCUGACGGCAGGAAGUCAUCAAGAAAAAUGAAUUGUUUUUUGUCGACAAAUUACAAUUUUCGAAAUUUGUACGUCUUAAUAAAAGGUAUAAGUCAAAAUUAACUAGGAUUGUUGGGUUUCAAGUUUAGAGAACACAUUUCAAAUGUUAUUUUUAAGACUAACAUCAAGUAAAUUAGACUGCUCUUUCGAAGCACUGCAACUGAACUUUUGAAAAAGUGUUUUCCAAGAAGCCUUUAAGGCCUGACUAAAGAUAUUAUAUAUGUAUCAAGUUAAAUAAUCUUCCAAAAAAUCAAAAGUUAAAUUUCAGAGAAUUGUUCCAACGGCAAUACAAUCUAUUUGUCUAUUUUUUUAUUCUUCCUCAAGCAUGUUUUCGAAGCUAAUUUGGAAUAUUUGUAUUUGCUUUUGAUGUUUCUUUAUAAAAUACGUUGUAUUAAAAAAAAAACCUUUCCAUCCUUUCAGUUUCGACUGUAUACAUUCUGCUCCUUCUAAAAAAAAAAAAAACAACGAAACUGUAACACCGCUAUGCAUCAUGUAAAUAUUAACUAUUGUUUUGCUAUUCCAUAGAUUUCUAUGACUUAGCAUUCUUUCUUAUAUUUUUUAUAGAAAUAAAUUUAGUCUUCAUAAAAAUAAUAUUAUUUCGUUUUGAAAAUAAUUGUAUUAUCAUCUUAGUCUGUUCAAUUUACAUUAUAUAGCUAUAUCAUUAUUUCUUCCUUUAUUAUUUAGUAUUAUUAUUACUUUCUUUUUAGUCAAAAUGUUUAUUUUAUUUUUAUAUCUCAAAUAAAUUAAUAUGUUUUCAUAGUAAAAAUAAAAAAAUCUUCUCAUGUUUUGUAAAUAUUUUCAAGAAACUUCUGGCAGUUAAAUUAACUGAAUUAAUUUUAUCACUUCGUUUGUAUAUAUGAGCGAUUUUAAGGAUCGGAUUCAAUCCGAUUGAAAAUUUUACUUCAGGUAUUUGACGAUACAAGAUCGAAAUAUUGAAUUCAAAUGGAAUUAAAGUGAAAUAUUUGGUUAAAAAUAAAUUCGCACAACACAGCAACAUUCAUUCACUGUCAUUCUCCUUUUUUACUGCUUCACUCCAAAUAUUGGGUUCGCUGGGUUGACCUCAAAAAAUGUCGACGGACCUCAGGUUUUGAAUCCUUCUAUGCAAUAGUUGCAUUUGUUUUUUUGGUUUUUGGGACAGUCUCUAUGUUGGAACAUCGUCGUAUGCAGUUGUUUUUUGAAGUGGGUUCUCACGGCUUUCUUUUGUACAUGAUAGUACCAUCUUAGUCAGUCUUACUGUGUUCUGUUCUGACUUGGACGCUUUCUCGGAUUUUCUUGUUCUUAUUCUUUGUAACCUUUGCUACCAUGCGAAUCAUCUUUAGCUCAUUAGGCGUCAAUUUGCUUUCAUAAAUUUUAAUUUUAUUCAAUAUUGAGAACCGUAUGUAAAUGCUGAAAAACGGUAGACGCCUUUUUGCGUCAAUACGGUAUCCAUUUCUUUCCAGAUGAACCACCCAUACUGCUCCAGAGGAUGGAAGAUUUUCACUUAUGAUAGAUAGAUCCCUCAUCAGCAAAGAAUUAUUACGAAUUCGCUUUUAAAUUCGUCACCUUACCAAGUCAAAGGUGUACCAAAGAGCAAAGAACUCAACACGAUUUCGUGGUUGUGUAUUUUAAAUGAAUGCAUUUUCAAUCAAAUUCAGACAAUCCAAUCCUUAUAAACAUAAAACUAUAGUAAUUUUAACUAACCAAUGGUAAGUAAUGUUAGAUUCGAAUAUGACAACAUUUGUGGGGAAGAUUGAAUUUUUGAUAAGUUUACAUUCAGCAUGAAACAAGAAAAUUGGAUCGCAAAUAAAUGGAUCGAUUUGUCCCAUUUUGUUUCGUGAUUUCAGGUUAAACUUUGUUUAGGUAUAAACCUUCAAAUUCCAACUUAUUAGUUCUCUGGAAAAAGCUAAGCUUUUAAAAGGCAGUUUCUAACCAAUGCUACUCCACAUAUUUCUUCGCUCAAAGGUGCGUACAAACGCUGCUAUACUCGUAUUAUCAAAAAUCUUAAAAAAUCGGAUACUCGUAUUCGAUUUGGGAUGAAAUAACUUGAUGAAAGUGCUUAACGCUAAAGUUGUAGUCUCGCUCAGAACUAUUUUUUUUUCUUUUUUGCAGAAAAUAUCCAGUGUUUAAAAAGUAAUAAAUAAAAUGCAAUUUUAUAAAUUUUAAAUAACAACAUGAAUUAGGAAAAAAAAAAAAAAAGAAAUAACAACAUGAAUUAGGAAAAAAAAUAAGAAAUAAUCUCUGUUUCUUCAAUUAAAUUGCUUUCAUAAUGAAAAAAAAAAAAUAGUUAUACAAUUAAAUUAAAAACUGUAUUAACUUAUCAUUGAUAAUAUACAUACAAUACAUUAUAAUACAAAUUAAGUCACAGAAGAUUCCAAUAUACAUCAAAAUGAUGAAAAAUUAUAACAAAAAAAGAAUGAAUAGAAAAAAUAAUAAAUAAUAAUAAUUAAAAAAAAAAAAAAAUUACACAAAACAAGGAACACAUCUCUCAUGA